AUGACCACGGCCGGUGACCAUAGGAAACUCCAACUUUCGGAGUUAGAUGAGCUAAGACACGACGCUUACGAGAACUCUCGCAUCUCUAAAGAGAAAACUAAAGCUUUUCACGAUAAACACAUUGUUAGGAAGUCAUUCUCUCCUAAUAAAAAAGUGUGGCUCUUUAACUCUAAGCUUUGCCUCUUUCCGGGGAAGCUUCGGUCACGGUGGGAUGGCCCUUUUAUUGUUCUUAAUGUUUUCCCUCACGGAGCUGUUGAAAUCCGAAACCCAAAAACAGGACUAGUUUUUAAGGUGAAUGGCCAAAGACUUAAACCUUAUGUCGAUGGCAUUAUUGAUGGAAAGGAUUGUCAUGUUUGA